UGUCUAUAAUUCGGGCAUGAGUUCACGGUGUACUUUUCAAUAUUGUAACGGUCAAAGUAUCAUUUGCAUUAGAUUAGAUGAACAUUAUGAAGCAAAAAAUGUGAAACUUUGUCAAUAUUAUCACGCGUUUUCCGUUUAUAAUCUCACUCUACUUUGUUUCAAAUUAAGUCCGCGUAACAUUGUCGGAAAUUGAUAUUGGAGAAGACCACGUCUGCAUUUAUGACAAUUAAUUACUGACAAUGGUGAAAGGUAAUCCUGGAAGUAAGUCUGAAGACAGAAUCGAUGUCGACAAACCACUUUGGAACCAAAACACGUAUUUUGGAAGAUGGAUGCAUUACGCUUUCAUCACCGACUGUCGCACAAUACUUGUGCCGGAGAGCAAAUUGUGGGAAGCGAAAAAGCUCUGCGAGGAUUAUAAACUAGGAAAAGAGCCGGAGGGCUUGCAGAGAAAGGACAUAAUCUAUGCUAAGAAACUGAAAGAUAGUGCCUUCCAUCCCGACAAUGACGAGCUCAUGCAUGUUGUUGGCAGAAUGUCCUUUCAGCUACCUGGUUGCAUUGCUCUUACUGCAGCCAUGUUGACUUUUUACAAAUCUGCCUUCAGUGUGAUUACAUGUCAAUUGAUUAAUCAAAGCUUCAACGCGUUUGUCAAUUACACCAAUCGAAACGCGAUGAGCGACGAAACAGAGGAUACCAAUGUAAUCCAGCAAGCCUUCAUAUUCGCCACCACAGCGAGUUGCGCGGCUGCUUUGGGUUUCAGGAAAGUCUUUGCAGGCAGAGGAACCCUUUUUGCAAGGUUUGUUCCGUUCUGUGCAGUGGCCACCGGUAACAUUGUAAAUCUUCCCAUCAUGAGGCAACGGGAGAUCGCACGCGGUGUUCCUAUAUUCGCCAAGAACGGCGAUGAAGGGUGCAUUAUGAAGUCGCAGGUGGCUGCCGUCAAAGGUAUCUCCGAAUGCAUCAUCACCAGGAUAAUAAUGGCUGCGCCAGGAAUGCUAAUGAUUCCAGUCAUCACACAACGGAUGCGAGCGUAUUGCUUCUACCAAGCCCGUCCGUGGAUCACUUUUCCUUUCGAGCUCGGCUUGUUAACGCUCUGUUUGUUGGUCAUGAUUCCUUCGGCGCUCGCCAUUUAUCCGCAGGAAAAUUCAAUGAAACCAAAAUGGUUGAAGAUAUAUCCAGAAGAAUAUAAAAUAUUUCGAGAGAGAAUGGGCAAACGUAAACAUCCAGAUAAAGUUUAUUAUAACAAAGGAUUGUAG